AAUCAGCCUUGUUAAGUCGCCGCAUGCGGUUUGUGAAUCGUGAUGCAGGGGCCGGGCCGGGGUGGCGCUGGCUGAUGAUGAUGAGUCAGAAAGCUGAUAGGCACAUGCUGCGUCCUACAAAUUACAUGGCGUUGGGAUGCGACCUUGGUAAACUGACUUUGCAAGAAGCAAGUAAACAGAGCGCAAAAGGGUUUCCUAGCAAGUACCCCUCAUGAGUCAUGAUGCAUAUCCCGCUAUAAAAGGGCCCCUGUUCAGUCACCGAGCAGGAACAAGCACUCAUUGAAGAGCCACACACAGAGAGAAAGGGGGAGAUCAAGAGGAGCAAGGCAUGGAGCCCGAUCACGCAGACAAGGUUUCAUCUUCUCUGCCUGCUCCAAAUGCAAAGGACAAUCUCAGCAUGAUGUACUCAAAGUUUAUUUGCUGCAAGCUCUACAUUUCUGAAAGCCGCAACCCCACGGCUAUUGAUGCAAUUGAUCUUGCAGCAAAGACUGAUCCUCAGGUUGCAGUGCUUAGCAAGUUCGAAGAUUGUCUCUACAACCGCGUACGCUACACACUUGUCUCGUAUAUCAUCGAUGACAGCUCAACUGAAGUGAUAUAUAGCCCAAUCAGGAAGGUAUUGUUGGCAAUGAUGGAGGCUGCAUUUUCAGCCAUAAACCUCGAAUUGCACUCAGGAGCGCAUCCUAGGAUGGGUGUCAAUGAUGAUCUGUCCUUCCACCCCUUGGGUCAAGCCACAAUGGAGGAUGCAGCUUCCUUGGCUAAGCAGGUGGCUUCUGACAUAGGCAAUGGUUUUCAAGUCCCAGUGUUCCUCUAUGCAGCAGCCCACCCCACAGGCAAAUCUGUAGGUGCAAUACGGCGUGAGCUCGGCUACUACCGGCCAAAUCACAUGGGCAACCAAUGGUCAGGUACCAUGCUCCCUGAUGUUCUGCCAAUUAGCCCUGAUGAGGGUCCAACCAAUGUUUCUUCUGAAAGAGGGGCCACAACAGUUGGAGCAACACCUUUUCUUGAGGGCUACAAUGUGCCAGUGCUCUCCAAGGAUGUUGCGACUGUGAGGCGGAUUACUCGAAGAUUAACUGGACGCGGUGGAGGGCUUCCGACGGUGCAAGCCCUUGCACUUAUCCAUGGAGAUGAUUGCACAGAGAUCGCAUGUUUGUUGGAUCCAGAUCAUGUCAGUGCCUAUCAAGUUCAGACCGUGGUGGAGCAGAUUGCAGCAGAGCAAGGGCUCGAAGUUGAGAAGGGGUACUUCACUGACUUGACUAAGGACAGAAUGCUUGACAAGUAUUUGAAGAUAACUUGUGCUGCUGAUUGAUAUGAAUGUAAUAGAAUCAUGCUGAUUUGUGAGACUGACUGACCCAGACGAAUCAUGCCUGUUUGUAAUUGCAAGCAUGCUGCUCUUUAGUUGUGGCUCCAGACUGCAUCAGGAACCAAUCAUGCCUGAUUCUGCAUAUGUAAAUUCUGGAAAACUUUAGCAAUAAUAGCACAUCAGAAAUGGGGAGCUCUGGUGCGAA